AUGGGAGACUUCAACGAAAUUCUCUAUUCUCAUGAAAAAGAAGGUGGGAGACGUCGUCCGAACCUCUACAUGCAGGCUUUUCGUGAUGGAUUGGCUGAUUGUGACCUCGAAGAUCUUGGGUUCAUUGGUAAUCCUUUCACUUGGAAAAGAGGAAGAAUCAGAGAAAGACUUGAUAGAGCUGUGGUUAAUAAUCAGUGGAGGAUGAUGCAUCCAGGAGCUUCUUUGAGGCAUCUGGAUUUUAUUAAGUCGGAUCAUCGUCCGAUCCUGCUUGAUACUGAAGACCAGCCGGAGGUGCAGCAGCAACAGGGCCCUAAACGGUUUGAAGCAAGGUGGAUUCAUGAGAAAAAUUUCCGAGAUACGGUCGUGCAAGCCUGGACCUCGGCCGGUUUUGCUAAUACGGGCGGAGUACUGAACAGGCUGGGUCGCAUGCAUGAGGCUUUGCAUGCGUGGGAUCGCUCGAUUCUGAAGAAGCCGAAACGCCGUCUGCGUGACGCACAAAGGAAUUUGGAAAAUGCUAUGAACGGGCCUUUGACUGAGGAGAAUGAAAAGAGAUGGCAAGUUUAG